AUGGGGGCUGGAGACCUUCUGCCUGACCUGGGCCCGCAGCGGGCGCGGGCCGCCAGGGGGCGCUGUCGGGGCGCACGGCCCACCUGGCGCCCGGGCGGCGAGCGAGCGCGGCCAGGCGGCCGGGAACUUUUCUCCUCGCGCUCUCGCCGCCCUCUCCCCCCGCGCACCGCCCGCCGCCCGCUCUUCCUGCGCGGAGGGAACCGCAUUUCCCCGCGGCUCUGCGACGCCAGCAGGCCCGGAGGUGCGCGGCCAGGGCCUGGUCCCUGCGCCCCGGGCGCCGCCCCCGCCCGCGGCUGCGCUCGGAAGGCGAGGCGCGGAGCGAGGUGCGGCCGGGCGAGAGCGCGCCGAGCAGGCCGCCCAGUCCGCCGCCCGAGCGCCGGCGCGAGGAGGGGGCGCCGCGGCCCACCCUCCUUCCUGCCUGGCCGCGGGUCGGCCGGGCCGCCGCGCCCCGACCCCUAUGGCCUCCCGGACCUCCGGGCCGCGAAGUCGCAGCGCCAGACCCCGGGCCCCCGAGUGAGCGCGCGCCGAGGAGGCUGGGGCAUCGAGGCCCAGGGCUUGGCCGCCUCCUCUCUGCAGCCCCAUCAGCUCCACGGGCAAGGCGGGGGAGCACAAAGCACUCAGAAGCCUUCCCAGCAGGAAGGGGUGGGCGAGAAGGACUUUGUGGGAAGAGGUCGCUGUGACUGCUCCAGUCCUGCCUUGACGUGGGCCGAAACUGAGAGUUUGGUGCCUGUUUCUUCCCCAGCCAGGUAGAGGUGGAUGGAUCGCAUGGAUCUUGGUCACCUGGUGGGGCAGGUGAGAAUUAGUUUUCCGGCCAGAAUUUCUGCUUGCAAAGGGGCUUGGCCCUGGUGCUGUGGGGUGGACUCAGGUGGCAGCAUAACCACAGACUCAUUCAUUUCUUCGUGCAUUUGUUCCUAAAUCACAUAGUGAGUACCUCACUCAGACCAGAGUGUGGGGAACACGACUGUCAACACAAGACACUUGUAAUACGGCAGUGCGGAUAAGCACCUGCUUUUCGGAGUUCAGCGUCUCGGGUUCACAUCAUGGCCCUGCUGCUUACUGUUUCUUUGCUCAUCAGUGACAUGGGACGGGGGAUUGGGGGUAUGUCAGCACUCCCCUCAUGGGUUUGUUGGGAGAAUUAGUGAGUUGAUGCAGGUAAAAUUCUUCAGACAGAGCCUGUUUUAAUGCAUAGAAAUACAUAGAAGGUGCUAGAAGAUGGUUCAUUUUUAUUCUUGCCCUGAAGAAUCUCGGCACCCACUCCCUGCUGAGGGAGGGCAGUGCAGCCAGGGCUUUUCUGUGAGGCCUGACACCCAGGAAGCAGGUGGUGGCCCUCCGAACUCCUGGCCGCAAGCCCCCACCCAGGCAAGCCAUAGCCUCCGGGGUCGAACCUUCCAAGGAGCCCUGGGGACAGGUGUCUACUUCAGGAGCCCAGUGGGUGAGGCCUGUCCGCCUGGGAAGGUGUAACCCUGCCUGGCACCAGGUGGGCUUCAGACUUCAAAAAGUAACUUCAGUAUCAAGAAUUGAAGCUGAGGGACUUCCCUGGUGGCCCAGUGGUGAAGAGCCGCCUUGCCAUGCAGGGAACUCGGGUUGGAUCCCUGGUUGGGGACCUGAACUCCCACAUGCUUUGGAGUAACUAAGCCGCCUGCCACAAUGAAAGAUCCCACGUGACAAGGGAGACCCCACGAGCUGCAGACCAACACAGGCAAGUAAAUUAAAAAGAGAACUGAAGCUGAGAGAAUUUUCCAAUUGACACCUUCAAUUGACGGAGGCCACCAGACCACCUCUGGAUGUUCUUAGGCAGGUUCCUCCAGCUCUCUGAGCCUCUCUUUCCUCAUAUAUCAGGUAUCAGAAAUGACAGCACAAAUUUCAUAGUUUAUUUUCUAAGAGGACUGAAUGAGAGGAUGCCUGCAAAACACUUGGCUACGGUUGGCACAUAGCAAAAUGCUUAAUAAAUGUUGCCUAUUAGUGAUAAUAGUCCUCAGAAUAUGUCAGUUAAAAACCACCUGAGGGCCUUGCCUGGUGGUCCAGUGGCUGGGGCUCUGAGCUUCCAAUGUAGGGGGCCUGGGUUCGAUCCCUGGUCAGGGAACUAGAUCCCACAUGCCACAAAUGAAGAUCCUGUAUGCUGUCUUGAAGAGAGGAGAUCCCAUGUGCCACAGCCAAGACCCAGCUCAGCCAAAUAAAUAAAUAUUAACAAAACAAAACACUUGAAAGAUUUCUUCUUGGGGGCCACAGCUCCUUAGAGAUGUGAAGUUGUAAGCCUCUCACUAGCAUGGGACAAAGAAUUGUUACAAUGAGGCAGAGACUCCCAGGCCCUGAUACAUUUAGUUGCUGAAGCACAGUCACACAGGAGCCCAGGGCAGGGUGCUGAAGUGGGAACAGAGUUGGCUUUUACUCAGGUGCUCUUUGAUGCUUUGAGAGUUAUUCCUGCAGCAAAUGGUAACCGUGGAUCAGCACUGAUACACAGCUGAGGUCAAGUGGGCCUGUCUUCUGGAAGCUUCUGAUAUGAUGGGAAAUGAAAUUUGCAUGUGAUGACGCUAAGAGGUUGGAGAAGGACAUGGCAACCCACUCCAGUAUUCCUGCCUGGAGAAUCCCAUAGACAGAGGAGCUGGUGGGCUACAGUCCGUGGAAUCUCAGAGAGUCGGUCAUGACUGAAGUGACUUUACACGCAUGCAUCCAUGAUAAGAGGUAAAAUAAAAAUCACCUGUUCUGUUGGUGGGUGGUGGGGUAGGGAGAGUUGUGUAUUUGCUCAUUUGGGGGCGGGCAGAGGUUGGGAUGCAGGCCUCGGAGCAGUGGUUCUCAACUGGGAGUGAUUUCGUCCCUCGGGCAGCCUGGGGCCCUGUCUGUAGAUGUUUUUUGUUGUUUCCACUGGGGGAGGGGGUGCUGACAUCUAGUAGGUUGAGGCCCGGGACAUUGCUCAACAUCCUGGGAUGCACAGGACACACCCCCACAAGUUACCUGGCCCCAAACAUCAGCAUGCUGAGGGGUUUGGGUAGCCUUGUUCUGGAGCCACAUGACGACAUGGCUAUGCCCCUGCCUUUGUGAAGCCCUUAGUCUGGUAGGUGAGCAGACCUCAAAGACGUGACUGUGUGGAUGUAGGUUCAUUCACCUGUAAGCCUGCUGCAGCUAAGAAGGCGCACCUUGCAGGGGAGGCCUUGGAGGAGGGCAUCCAGGCAGAGGUGGGGGUGGAGGGGUGCAGUCCCAGAAAAGGCUCAGAAGCAGAAAGGCAGAGAGGUGUGUGGUAGAAGGGGCAGAUGCCUGGUGUGUGUCUGGGGCAACAGCAGACAAUGACCCAGCCUCAAGACCAGGGACCUCUCUGCUUUGCUUGGUUUGAGGCAACUGCAUCUCCCAGCAUGCUGUGCUCCAGGGCACUGGGGUGGGGGGGUGCCCUGCGGAGGCGUGGUGGGUUGGUGGGAGGGAACUGCUGCCCUCCAGAGAGGUCCCAGCUCUGCCCCUUCCCUCAUUUGCAUCUGAUAGAUGGGAAAGAGAACUAGGAAAAAAAAAGAAGAGGAAGAACAAUAUUUUCAUUUCAAACACAGGGAUGAGGGAAAUGGGAAGGAAUCUGGUUUAGGACACCUUUGAGAGGAGCACAGAAAAUCCCCACUGUGGCCCGAAAUAGCACGAAAAACAGACGUUUGGCCAGAUCACACUUAAUUGAGUGGCUCUCUUUUCUCGAGUCCAGCAGGAUGUGGACGGUGCUGGCUUUGUUCCCUUGGGAUGACAGUGACCCCCGGGGCCCCCCGUGCUGGCUACUUAAACAGAGGCCCUGCUCUCCCAGGCAGGACAGGAGCCCGGGGAGCUCAACCUGAGCAUUGCAGAGGGCCAGAGAUGGUGACUGGGGGGAUGCCCGGCAGCAGGGCCAGGUGGGUGAAAGCGGAGGUAGGAGAGACCUGGUUCCUCUAAUAAGUGGAUGCCUGGCUCUUUGGCUGCCGAGAGGGAUCAUGGAGAAAAGCCAUCAUUUAAUGAGUGCCUGCUAUUGUGCUCAGCACCGGGUGGUCUUCUCUAAGCCUUAUUAACCAACUCCUAUGGAUCAAGGAAACUGAAGCUCAGAGAGGUUAAGUGACCUGCGUGAGGUCACACAGCAACCAAGUGCAGACCUGAGAUUGGAAACCACAAUCUGUUGGGCUCCAAAGCCGGGCCCUGCUUGUUCCUCAUUCAUCUCCUGGUGGUCACUCAUCCAUUCAGCAGAUAAUUUCUGUGAAAUAAUACUGUGACCUGGUGGGGUUUUUUUUUUUAGGCCUUGAAGUCAGAAGUGGGCUUGAAUUCUGACUAGAGCAGUUUCAGUCUCUGUAGCUUUCUCAAUCAGCCUGCUUUCAUCUGUCAAGUGGGCACAACCACACCUGUGUCCUGGAGUUGCUUUUAAGGGUUAAACUGCAUGAAAGGGGACAGGAAGGGGAAGAGAGAGGCCCAGAGAGGUUAGGACCUGCCCUAGGCCACCCAGUGUGACAGGGUGCAGUGAAAGAACCCUGGGUAGAAGGAACCAGGCGGGAUUGUGGUAUCUCUGUGCAGUAUCAGUGUUGGGUUUCAUUAUUUGAAUGGGGAGAGAGGGCAGCCCCCGCUCUGCAGGUAGAGAAGGUGGUGUGGAAUGCGGGUGUUUAUUUUUCUGUGUCUGUGAAAGCCCUGUUUCAGCUCAGGCUGAUAGGGUGUCCCAAGACACUGCAGAGAGUGCCUGCCAUGGAGACAGAUCUGCCCACGUGCUUGCCUAGCGUGGGCACUGAGAGGGUACCUCCCAAGCCAGGCUCCCAGUGCAGCCUGUAACCCUUCAUCCUAGAGCCUGGUGAGCCUGGGUACCCUCAGAAAGAGCAAGGGUGGGUGAUGGCCUUGAACCUGGGGUGUCCCUCCGCCUCCUAGAAUUUGCCAUCCUGGCCCCAUUCAUCUCCUUAUCUUCUGGCAGCCCCCUUGAGUUGCUGGGAGGGAAGUCAGGGGCAGCCUUCCUGAUUGACAAAACAAGCCUUGCUCACAAAAGGGAGAUUGGCAGGACUGCUCUGGCUCCCCUCCCCCGUCCCAGCCUCUGGCUGCAGGCAUCUCUCCUGCUUUGCCCAGGAGGCACCCCAAAAUUCUGAGAGGUAGUGAGGGGGCUACAAAGCCAUCAGACUGCUCUGGCUGGGUACCCCCAGCACCAAGAAGGUGGAUUCUAGGGAGGAUGACUGGCCCCUCCUUCCUUUCAGGAGUCUGGGAAGGCUUUCUGAAGAGGAAGCCAGGCCGGCAGGUAGCAGAGAAAGACAUCGGAUCCAGGGGGAGCAGCCGAGAAAGCAAACAAACAGGGCUUUGUGUGGUUGCAGAUUGGCGGCUCAGAAGGGAAGCCGGCUGGUGGGAGGGGAAGGAGGAGGGGGGAGGAGGGGACUGCAGGCCAGGCCAGUGCUCUGGGCAGAGAUAGGCGGCUGGACCAGCCCAGGCUGGGCGGCCAGGGAGCAGGGAGUGCCACUGUAUGUGGACAGGCUUCUGGAGUCAGCCUGGCUGUGUCCCAGCCCUGCCACUUCACUCCUUAACAGAUCUGGGCUUGUUUGCCCACCUACUGGGGCAGAGUCACUCACACAGGACUGGGGAGAUAGUCAUCCGGCCCGACUGGCCUGGCCCGUCGUGUGAACCCCCACCCUACAGGGAUACAGGCCAAGAAAGGAUCAGGGUCUGCCUGGCGGGCUGCCAGCUUGGCUGGGUCUCCUGAGAGGACACUGAGGGGGCCUGGAGGGCAGCGGAGCAAAGGGGUUCGCACUGCUCAGUAACAGAUGCCUGGCAUGUGGGUGGACAGAGGCUGGCAUCUCGGGUCCUAGGCCCUGGAGCCCAGCAUCCCCUGCGCUGGUGGAGGGGCCAUCUCGGGGGCAAAUCCUGGACCCUAACAGGGCAGCCCGGGCUGGCCCGCCUGUCCAGGCGCGCGCAGCCCCGCCUCAGGGAGGGCUUGGUAGGAGCCGGCAGGCCAGACACAGAGGCAGCUGCAUUACCGCCUCGGGGGCCAUUUCCUCUCCUCCCCGACUUCGGGAGGGCAAACGCCCGCGCUUCCUGGCUUCCCUUCGCUCCCAGCGGCGCCCUCAAAGCGGCCACGCUGGGGCCUCGGCGCAUCGGGCCGGACGAGCCCAGCCAGGGCCGCGACCGCGACUCCGGAGGCCCGGGCGCGGGGAGGGGCGGGGUGGCCGCUGCGUCGCCAUGGCAGCGCCCAUCCCGGCGUGCCCCGCGCAGUCGCGGGGUGGGGAUUCGAGGCCCCGCCCCUCGUCUCGGUAGACCGCGACUUCCGGGAACCGGGGCUGUGGGCGUGGCUCAGGCCCCGCCCCUCACGGCCCCUGGCUUCCGGGAACCGGGGCGCGGGGCGGGGCUUCCGGACGGGCUGGCGUACGCCGGGUUCUAGUCCCGGACCGGGUCGGUUGCCUUGCGUCCCGUACUCCCCUACGGCCCUGGCCCUGGCUCUGCCCUUCCUUCGCCAGCUGCCUCCCUUGCUUGAUGCCCUUUCGGGCCUCGCGCCUUCGGUGUUCCGCCGGUCACUCCCGGGCCUUCCCCCCGUCUCCCCCCUGGCACUCGGCUGACCUCUGCUCGCCCGCACAUGGCCUGGGCAGGCCGCUGAAGGGUGCAGUCUUGGGCCUUGGAAAAAGUGUCCUGGGCAGAGGCAGCUGUCCUUGGCCUUUCGAGAACUCGCACUGGGAGGGGGAGAAUGGACUUCAGCGGCCGCGGGAGGGACUUGAUGUGGAAAAUAACUUAUCAGGCCUGAGCAUUUUGUUUUUUUUUUAAAUAAAAUCAGGUUAUAAAGGGCUUCCCUGAUGGCUCAGACUGUAAAGAAUUUGCCUGCAAUGUGGGAGACCCGGAUUCAAUCCCUGGGUUGGGAAGAUCCCCUG